AUUCAAGUGUUUAAUGAUGGCAUCACAAAGCAGUUACUCACACUGGAUGGUACCAUUCCUGUACCCUUCAAGGGUAUCACCUACAACAUCCCCAUCUGCCUGUGGAUAUUGGACACCCACCCAUACUCUGCCCCCAUGGCUUUUGUCAAGCCGACUGCAGAUAUGUCCAUCAAGGCCUCUAGGCACGUCGACCAAAAUGGCAAGAUCUACUUGCCUUACCUUCAGGAGUGGAAUCCAGACGUUUCAGAUUUGAUUGGCCUGGUGCAAGUGAUGAUCAUGACGUUCAGUGAGAUGCCUCCUGUCUAUGCAAAACCUAAAAGAGCGCCUCCUACUCCAGCCCAGCCUGCCAUGCCAAACCCAACUACCCCGUAUCCUACCCAGCCAAGUGAGUGCACAUCAU